AUGGGGCUGACGGUGAGCAACUUACUGAAUCGGCUUUUUGCCAAGAAGCAGAUGCGAAUCUUGAUGGUCGGUCUCGAUGCCGCUGGUAAGACCACCAUCUUGUACAAGCUCAAGCUCGGAGAAAUCGUCACAACUAUCCCAACUAUCGGCUUCAACGUCGAAACUGUUGAGUACAAAAACAUUUCCUUCACCGUCUGGGACGUCGGCGGACAAGACAAAAUCCGACCUCUCUGGAGACAUUAUUACCAGAACACUCAGGGUCUUAUUUUCGUGGUAGAUAGCUCUGAUCGCGAACGUAUCCAAGAAUCGCACGAUGAGCUUCACAAGAUGCUGAACGAAGAUGAGCUCCGAGACGCAAUCGUUCUUGUUUUCGCCAACAAACAAGAUUUGCCAAACGCUCUGUCAGUCACUGAGCUUACUGAGAAGCUCGGCCUGAACCAGCUCAGAAGAAAGUGGUAUGUGCAAGCAGCCUGUGCCACCCAAGGAACUGGCCUUUACGAAGGCUUGGACUGGCUGAGCUCCGAAUUGUCGAAAUAA